AUGCUCAAGAGGCUGUCUGAGCGCUUCCCCGUGGCGGCGACGCGACUCGAGGCAUAUACUGGCGUGGGCAGUCACGACGACAAGACCACUUCCCCCUCCUCAGACGCUGACACGACCGGAUCGCAGUCCCCAGCCCAGGAAACUGACACCACGGCGGCUCCAAGUCCGCCACCGCCCACACUCUUUGGCGAGGAGAAUGUUUCUCCAAAGAGUGAUGAUCAUCAAACUUCGACCUUAAAGGCAACGUUAACCGAGCGCUUUAACUCCGAGUCCAUGUCCGCAGCUGCCUCCACUAUGAUGGGCUUUAUGCAGAAGGCCAAGGUGGUGGCUGCCAGCGCGGCCAAAGAGGGCGCCGUGAAGGCGCGUAAGGCUCUGGAUGCUGCCGAUAUGGACGCGCUGCAACGUCGACUCAGCUAUGCGCUGGACCGCUCCACGGGCGAGGUGAACCUGGAGCUGCUUAACUUCUCAUACGUGACCGAGAACCUCGUGGCCAUGGGCUUCCCCAAUAUGAAUCUAGGUACCAACCGCACACUGCUCAAGGACAAUCCAAUUGACCUGGUGGCCAUGUACCUCAAUGACAAGCACUGCGGCCACUAUAUGAUCUGGAACUUGAGUGAGGAGACAUACGACUACACUUUCUUCGACAAUCAGGUACUCGAGUUCAAUUUCCCAGGCCACCCCGCGCCUCCGCUUGGCCUGGUGUUCAAAAUCUGCUCGUCUAUUGAGAGCUGGCUCCAGGCAGAUGAAAGGAACCUCGCAGCGGUGCAUUGUCUAACAGGAAAAGGACGGACGGGCACAGUGCUCGCCUGUUACUUGGCGUGGGUGGGACAGUUCCCAAAUGCCAUGGAGAGCUUGGAAUAUGUCGCGGAACAGCGCAAAACGUCGGUCGAGAAGCUCACGAUUCCGUCGCAGCGCAGAUAUAUUCAGUAUUUUAAUAACGUGAUGGAUGGCGUGAAGCCCCGAUCGUCUCCGUUGCUGCUGCGUCGUGUGAUCAUCAACACAAUUCCUGUGUUUGGAGAGCGACGAGUACUUGAACCGACGAAGAGAGACUCAUCUACAGAUGACGGAUCGGAGAUGGUUGGAGUGGAAGGCGAGUCAUUGACGGCUGCUGCUUCUCCAGCUGAGGUGGAAGCGGAGGGGGCAAACCUGAUUGAGACCGUCGAAGAGGGCUGCUGUCCGUAUCUGCAGAUUUUUAAAGGAGGAAAGCUGGUUUUCACUACAACAUGGCAGGAUAUGGAAGACGGACACGGCAUUCAGUGGGCUAGUACAGGCGACGGCUCGGUGUCGUUCAACGUCAACUGUAUGCUGCAGGGAGACAUUUUGAUACGUUGUCGCCAUCUCACGGAUGCUGGAGAACGCGUCUCGAUGUUCCGUGGCGCAUUCCACACGGGUUACAUCCCGCAGGGCAUUUUGAGGCUGACCAAGGCCCAGCUGGAUGGUGCCUGUAGUGACCCUCGCUUCGACCAGGACUUCUUUGUCGACUUGAUCUUUGCAGAUGUUGAAACUGAAGGGAAAAUUCCAACUGCUAGCACGAGUGGAAAUGAGCCCGUCAAUAGUCCCAAGAGUGAAGGCGUUUCGCUGAACGAGGAGGACCGCCAAGCGUACGAAGACAUGCUUCACCGGGAUGAAGCCUUUUGGCAGGAUAUUGAAGACAGGAAAAAGCGCCUUCAAAAGCAACGUGAGGAACAGCUGAAGAAGAAGAAGGCGGAGGCGGACGCGAAGGCCGCCGCUGAAGCUGCUGCCGAAGCCGAAGCUAAGGCAAAGACUGAAGCUGAAGCCGAAGCAGCGAGAAAGGCACAAGCUGCGCAGAAACAGAAUUCGUUCAGUAUUAGUGGCGCAGACGAAGACACAGUCGGUGCGAAGAAGGUUAACCGCGAGGGAAGCUGGAGUGAGGAGAAGGACAAGGAACUUAUGAACGAGCUCGAGUCUUUGACAAGAGGAGCGUUGGCCAAGGCCGCUGCAGACGUUGGGGAGGAGAAGGCUGCGGUGCCUACAAGCGGACAGGUUGACUCUACUGACCUGUCGAAAGAGUUCGAUGAGAUGAAGAACUUGGAGAAGGAGCUGGGCCUUCAGUCGUUCUCUAGUGAGCUGGCAAGUCUUCCGGAUGGCAAGAUCGACCCUCAGUUGGAGCUGCUUGACGCUGAGCUUAAGGGCCUCGAAGGCUUAUCGCCAAAAGCUGGCGACGAUGCCGACGACGUGAUGAAUUUUGGAGCUGAUGAUUUCGAGGAGCUGGAAGAGUAUUUGAGUGGCCUCUCGACCAAGUGAGGAAUAGCCUCAAUGUUAGCGUAGCCAGCCUUGCGUAUGGAGCUGCACUCACAGUCAACCCAGAACCUCUCAACAACUAACCCCCCCCCCUUCUCCCGUCGUAGCGGGUAUAAUAUACCGGUCUUGUUUUAAA